GCCUAGUUUUAUGCUGUAAUUUUGGGAGUUAGCCGUGGGUAAUUAAAAUACAAGAAGGCACGACAAGCGUCGAAUAUUACACAGUCGAUGCCGGCAUGAGCGGAGGUACCAUUCAAACGAUCUGCCAUACGUGUGCAAUUUGUGCAGCAAACGAUUUGUGAGCAAAGUGGGCCUGACAAAGCACGCAUUGCUACAUAAAGGAGGAGGAAACGGCAAACAUUACUGCGAAAUUUGCGACAAGGAGUUCAAGGAGGCCAUAUUUCUGAGAGGUCAUUAUUUGACCAAGUACCAUCGCACUAGGGCGAGCAUAUAUGAUGCCUGCGAGUACGAAGAAACAGACAAUGAAAUUGAUUUUGAUUUCACCGAGUCUAUUAUUAAUGAAUAAAACAAUCUACUACUUUUCUUGGCGCCAAAUUGCGUAGUCUUUUGCUUUGCCGUAAAAACAACGCAAUUAUAAUAAGCGGGCAGGUCAUUAAUGGGCAUCUAAACAAAUUUAAUGUUUCUAUGUUCACAUAAUUAGCAUCACAUAUAUACAAGCCAUGAGCAAAUGAUUGUGUAGUUAUCCUUUUUUCCCUAUUUAAUUAUGGCGCCCGCGCUUGCCAGUCACCAUGCCACGCGGUCAAUGCAACAGGCAUUCACAUAAAAUGGGCAUAUUUACAAAUCUUAAAAACACAAAUUGAAUACAACUUUAUUGCUUGGAGGGUAAAUUGGGCGCCCAAAAUGUCGCUGCGGUGUCGAACCUGCGGCGAGACAGUGUACAGCCUAAAUGCAACAAAUCUGUUUGAAGGGGACAACGAUAUUGUGAGGAAGAUAUCGUUUCUGACUGGCAUCUGGAUCACUGACCAGCUGGAUAUGCCCAGGAAUAUAUGCCAGAUCUGCCAAAUGGAUCUGAACACCGCCAUGCUGUUCCGCGAGCGAUGCAUCAGGACUCACAAUGUGCUGACGCUGGGCAGAAGCGAGGUGGCUCCGUCGGAUGAUGUUGACCUGAAAAGGGAUCUAGACGAUCCCCUGGGGAAUGAUAUAAAACGUGAAGAGGAAGAUCAACUUUCAGAUGCCAAGCCCGUGGUUGGAAUAACAAUCGAAGCUACGACCAGAUCUCAAGACAAGGAAAUUCCCAGUAAACAUUCCUCUCGACACAAUUCUUGCGACAGCCCCUCGGUGGACACAGCGCAUUCCCCAGUUGCAGCACCAGUUCCGUCAAUUGAGGUAAUUGCGAAGCCCCCCGCCGCCAUGGAGGCCGAGAGAAAGAGAAGAAAGCGCCAGAAUCGAGUUAAUCAAAACUAUAUUUGCGAUCAAUGCGGCAAGCACUUUAACGACAAGGGAAAUCUGAAUCUGCAUUUGGUGCGCCACACGGGUGUAAGGAAGUUUCAGUGCCCGGAGUGCAGCCACAAGGUGUACAGCCAGUUUCUGUUGAAGAUGCACAUCCGCGUGAAGCACAGAAGAGAGGCGCCGUACGCCUGCAAGUACUGUGAUGAACGCUUUGUGUGCAGCAAUAAACGCUAUCGCCAUCAGAGGACUCACGAGGGGCUCAAGACAGAAAGGACUGAUAAGCCGUAUGCAUGCAACUUUUGCAAUCAUAGGUGCAACAGCAUGAGCAACUUGAGGAAGCACGAAGUCGUGCACUCUGGCGAUCGUCCAUUUCGCUGCGAGAUCUGCGAUGUGGCCUUCUAUCGAAUGUCCAACCUAAGAACUCAUUUUCGUUCGAAAACGCAUAAAAAGAAGACUGAAGAGAGAACAAAUACCGAGCCCGAAAUAUUGGAUACCAACUGAAAUGUUUCACUAAAACUAAUUACGUUAAACUGCGAUCGAUUGCAGCUUUAAGUUCUGUUCAAGCGGAGCAGGAGUAAUGGACAUUUUAUCCAUGCAGUUUAAGCUGUAACCUCAUGCUAUAGUAAAAAUCACGAGCAUGUGGAAUGUCGCAAACAAAAUUUGCUUACAUUAA